UUGCUGGACGUUUCCUCAAGUAUCAUCGUUAUCAACCCAUGGACUGACUUGUUUGUUGUCGAGCAAGAUGGAGUUCAUUUUGGGAAAUCCUUACACUACGCCAGUGGGACAUUGCAUUGAGAGAGCCACUGAUGGAUCCCUACAAAGUGAAGACUGGACUCUCAACAUGGAAAUAUGUGACAUCAUCAAUGAAACAGAGGAUGGGCCAAAGGAUGCCAUUAGAGCAAUGAAGAAAAGGCUAAAUGGCAAUCGGAACUAUAGGGAAGUAAUGCUGGCUUUAACGGUUCUGGAGACGUGCGUGAAGAACUGUGGCCAUCGUUUCCACGCUUUAGUGACUAGCAGAGACUUUGUUGAUGGCGUGCUUGUUAAAAUUAUCUCUCCCAAGAACAACCCACCUACCAUUGUUCAAGAUAAAGUACUCGCUCUGAUUCAGGCGUGGGCCGAUGCAUUCAGGAGCAGUCCUGACCUCACGGGUGUGGUUCAAAUCUACGAGGAGCUAAAGAGAAAAGGCAUCGAGUUCCCAACGUCAGAGCUGGAGACGCUGUCACCUAUACAUACACCUCAGCGUUCAGCCACUGCUCCGGAGGGUGACUCUACCUUACACAAGCACAGCAGCACUACUCAGCCCACACAACACUCUGUGCCACCAGUCUACACCACCCCUCAAGUCCCCAACAUUCAUGCCUCCGGAGCCGUUAAUCCCACACCUGAACAGAUUUCCCGGCUACGCAGUGAGUUGGACAUUGUUCGUGGAAACACUAAAGUGAUGUCAGAGAUGCUGACAGAAAUGGUGCCAGGACAGGAGGAUGCUUCAGACUACGAGUUGCUACAGGAGCUCAACAGGACUUGUAGAGCUAUGCAGCAGAGAAUAGUGGAGCUCAUCUCCUGUGUUUCUAAUGAGGCAGUAACGGAGGAGCUGCUGCAUGUCAAUGACGACCUCAACAACAUUUUCCUCCGCUAUGAAAGGUAUGAGAGGUUCAGGUCUGGAAGGUCCUCAGCUCAGGGUGUAAACAAUGGGCUGAAACAGGUCCUCAGUGAGGCUACAGAAGACAACCUGAUAGAUCUCGGCCCAGGCUCCCCUGCUGUGGUGAGCAAUAUGCCAAAUGCAGCCCCAACCAGCUUGCCUCCCACUGUCACAGCCCCUGCAGGAAGGCCCUCCUCCCCAGCUACUCUGGCCUCCCGAUUGGCUGGUCUCGACAUGGGAGCAGACAGUGUGAGCAGUACUCUGAGCUCCCUGUCCAGCUGUAAGCCUCCACCUGCCCAGGAUGACUUUGAUGUGUUUGCUCAAACCAGAACCGGAACCAUGUCAGAGCCACAGAAGGUUACUGCAUCAGAAAACACCCAGGCCGCUGAAGGCCUUCCUCCCACUCUGGAUGUUCUACAGACAGCUGCUGGGGGGGUUGUCGGAGGCCAGUCCUCUGUCAUGGAUGACAUAGAGGAGUGGCUGAGUACUGACGUGAAGGGAGAUGAAGGUGAGGAAGGCGUCACAAGUGAAGAAUUUGACAAGUUCCUUGAGGAGAGAGCCAAAGCUGUUGAGAGGGUCCCCAGCCUACCGUCGCCCCCGAGUGGUAACCCAGGAGCAGUGCAAGGAACCCCUAGCCGCAAAAAGCCAGAAAGACCUGAGGACACUUUGUUUGCCGCGUAGACCUCCCAGCUUUGACCUCCGAUUUCCCCUCCAGCCUUAGACCCGACCAGCUAUGCAGCUUCACCUUAGGAGAGACCGACCUGACACUGAAUCACACUCACCUCUGCUAACGAUUGAUCGCAGCGCUACUCGACCCACACUACAGGAAAUUGCACAUGAAAUCAGUAGAAUUAUGUUAAGGCUCUCCGUUAAUUUCUCACGCAAAGGGAAAAGAAAAAAUCCUAUUUUCAUACGCCAAAAUGAGAUGGAUCCCACUCGAUGAGCAGUGUUAGAGACGGUGAGGCAGCAGGUCCCCCCCCAGCCCUCUUUGGUGUAAAUCAUCUCCUUCAGCCUGGUGUGGACUGCAGAUGUAGAUUUGUAUAAAAAAAAAAAGGGGGCAAAAAAAGAAUCCUUGUCAUAAGUAGGAA